AAAAUAUCGCAGAUGAAAUAUCCACAUAUACAAAGUUCAAAAAUUAAUAACAAGGCUGUUUAGUUUUCAACUUCAUUUUACUUAUUUAUUACUUGUCUGCUAAGAAGGUUUCGGUUCAGUUCUUGUUCUUGUUCUUCUCAUUCCUCUGUAUUUUAUCAACCGGUGGAGACGUGAGGCUCAAACAAACCGAAAUGGGCUUCAACGUUUGUUUCCUUGUGUUCUUGAUUCGUCUGCUUUUACUUCCGGUUACUUUUGGUAGCAACAUGGAACAAACCACCAUUGUUAUAGACGGUGAACAUCGAAUCGCUGAGAUCGAUGAGAACUUUGUCUGCGCAACUCUUGAUUGGUGGCCACCUGAAAAAUGCAACUAUGAUCAGUGUCCUUGGGGCUACGCCUCUCUCAUCAAUUUGAACUUGUCUUCUCCUCUUCUUGCUAAAGCUAUUCAAGCUUUUAAGACGUUGAGGAUAAGACUUGGUGGUUCCUUGCAAGAUCAAGUGAUCUACGACGUAGGAGACUUGAAGACUCCUUGCAGUCCAUUCAAGAAGACUGACGAUGGAUUGUUCGGGUUCUCUAAAGGUUGUUUGUAUAUGGAUCGCUGGAACGAACUUAACCGUUUCUUCAAUUCAACCGGAGCUAUUGUGACUUUCGGAUUGAAUGCGUUGUACGGGAGAGAUAAACUCAGUGGAAACUCGUGGGGAGGGGAUUGGGAUCAUAUCAACACUCAAGAUUUCAUGAACUACACGGUCUCAAUGGGUUAUGCUAUAGACUCGUGGGAGUUUGGUAAUGAGCUUAGCGGAAGCGGUAUUGAUGCAAGCGUGAGUGUAGAGCUUUACGGGAAAGACUUGAUUGUACUCAAAGAUGUAAUCAAGAACGUUUACAAGAAUUCUCAGACCAAGCCUUUGCUUUUAGCUCCAGGAGGAUUCUAUGAUGAGAAAUGGUACUCAGAGCUUCUUCGGCUCUCUGGACCUGGUGUUCUUGAUGUCAUGACUCAUCAUAUAUACAAUCUUGGUCCAGGAAAUGAUCCGCAGCUCGAGAAUAGGAUACUAGAUCCAAAGUACUUGAGCGGGAUUUCGGGAAAGUUCAAGAAUGUUGACCAAACGAUUCAAGAACAUGGACCUUGGGCUGCUGCUUGGGUUGGAGAAGCUGGAGGAGCUUCUAAUAGCGGUGGCCGUCAGGUUUCUGAGACAUUCAUUAACAGCUUCUGGUAUCUAGAUCAGUUGGGUAUGUCGUCUAUGCACAACACCAAAGUAUACUGCAGACAAGCUUUGGUUGGAGGUUUCUACGGUCUGCUCGAAAAGGAAACGUUUGUUCCCAAUCCAGAUUACUACAGUGCGCUUCUUUGGCAUCGUUUGAUGGGUAAAGGCGUUCUUGGCGUUCAGACAAAUGCCUCGGAGUAUCUACGCACUUACGUUCAUUGCUCUAAAGGAACAGCCGGAAUAACGAUACUUCUGAUAAAUCUGAGUAAGCAAACGACGUUUACAGUCGGAGUCAGCAAUGGCGUGAAGGUGAUUUUGCAAGCAGAACCGAUGAAGAGGAAAUCUUUCUUGGAAACAAUCAAGAGCAAGGUUUCUUGGGUGGGAAACAAAGCUUCGGAUGGAUAUUUGAACAGAGAAGAGUAUCACUUGAGUCCAAAAGACGGUAACUUGCGGAGCAAGAUAAUGCUCUUGAACGGUAUCCCUUUGGAACCGACGAUCACCGGAGAUAUCCCAAAGCUUGAACCGAUUCGGCACGGCGUGAAAUCUCCUGUUUAUAUCAAUCCAUUGUCGAUCUCCUUCAUUGUGUUGCCUACCUUUGAUGCCCCUGCUUGUUCAUGAAGACGAUAAUCUUUUGGUAUUCUGUAAAAAUGAAAAAUUGAAUAACAGAGAGCGUAAUUUUCUUGGCAAUUGUAUAUGCAUAUGAUCAAGAAAAUCAUUUCCUCUUCAUUUGUUAUACAAUCGAGAAGUUUCUUGGAAACACUCAAGAGCAAGAGCAGGUUAUCUAUGUAACACUUAAUAUUGCAUAUUGGCAAGUGGU